GGAUCUAUGCCCUCACACACACUUUCAUAUACAUCUGCUCGCUCAUCUGUAACAACAUUUCAUCAUCAUAUACAUCUGCUCGGUCAUCUGUAACAACAUUUCAUCAAAAUGGCUUCAACAGCUGCAGUGCCGUUUUGGAGAUCUGCCGGAAUGACCUACAUAACCUACUCCAACAUAUGUGCAAACCUUGUCAGAAACUGUCUCAAAGACCCCUACAAAUCCGAAGCUAUCAGCCGUGAAAAGGUCCAUUUCUCUGUUACCAAAUGGGCCGACGGAAAGCCUCAGAAACCCACUAUCAGGUCUGAUUCUCCUGAAGAGUGAGGCGGGAAGAUGUUACAUUUUGCGUUUGUUACUGAAGUUGAUCUGGGCUUGGUUCUUGUUGCACAAAUAAUUUUUCUAGCAAUUUGUUGGAUUUGAACCUUGUUUGAAUGGAUUUCUGUUAUUUUUGAUGUUGGUGGUCUUUGAUUGGUAACGAUCCAAUGUACUGUUUUUGUUAUUUAACAACUCUUUACUCUAGUUGUAUAUAACCGUGUGGAUUUGAGGCCACUUCUACGCA